AUGCGUUUCUUCAUCCCAUUUACCCUCAUACUAGCCACCAUUGCUCUCGCCACGGCCCUAAAUGCCGACAACAUGGUGGAUGAAAACAAACUCACUGUAGAGGAAGCGGCGCGUUGCCUCCGCGGAUACCAGAAGUGCUUGGAAUCGUGCCGCCGCCAUCAUGGUGGACAAAGAUGCUACAACGUGCGUGAUCUUGCCCCCUAG